UAUUUCAUUUCGGAGAGAGGGUCAAAUUUACCAUGCUCAGAAUAAAGGUGCAGCUCUGAUCAUAGAGAUUGCAAAAGCCGCAUGUUUGAUCCAGGGCAGGAUUUGGCUCAACUGAAGGACAUAAGAAGGGGUGGGAUUCAACUCUAAAUGGAAGGCUUGAUUCACUUGCUUAAACAAAGGCAUAAGGUACAUGCCUCCAAGCGCAAUAUCGGGAUGGUGCUGGGCUCUUGUCAGCCUGGCAGUGCCACUAGUCCUGCAUGGCUGUGCCAGUUGCUCCAGUGUGCCUUGGAUGACACUCAAGAACUUUGUUCAGGCAACAAAGCUACACCCACCGUGUUUAGUCUGGCUGGUGGUGAAUAUGACAACACCCAAUCUCAAGCUGAAAACAAAGAGACAAAAUCAAAUUUGGCCAGAAAUUUGGAAAUUCUCUUUUGUCUGAAAGAGAUCAGAUUUUGGAGUCUAACUAUGGGCAAUGAAGUGAGGAAUACUGUUCUAAACCACUGUUUUACUCCUGUUGCUCUUCAAGCAGUUGUAGAAAAGAAGGAAUGCAACUCUCUAGAUCCACACUGGUCCUUCCCAAAACAUCCUUCUCUAUUUCUGUCCUCUCUAGGACUAUUACAGUCUCACACUUGUACUUAGGCCUACUUUCUCCACGGUAAAAGAGCUGAGGUCAAGGCCAGGACCAACAAGGAAAAAAAGAAAUCCACUUCCACACCCGCCUGUGUUACACAUUGGGUUUGGCAAUCGAACAUAAAUGACCUCACUGCAAAGUAGCAACAUAGUAACCAAACAUGUAGAAAAGACAUAAGAUCUGAACUAAAUAUAACUUCUAACUGAAUCUUCUCCUCUACAACAGUAGGAAGCAAUUAUGACCUCCAGCUCCACCACAGGAGCAAUAGUCAGUCCUGCGUCAUCAGCUGAAAUCCUCAGUGACAAAAUCCGGUUUCCUUCUUUCUUCAGAACUAUUCCCAGCGAUUUCCAUCAGACAAGAGCAAUGGUCCACUUGAUCUGUGAGGCUGGGUGGAAUUGGAUUGGAGUAAUAGCCACUGAUGAUGACAAUGGACGCUUUGCUCUGGAGAGCUUUGGGGUCCAGGCCAUGGCAAACAAUGUUUGCAUAGCUUUUAAAGAAAUGCUACCUGCCUAUCUCUCUGACAGCACCUUUCACACUAAAGUUGAUCAUGCAGUUGAGAAAAUUGUCAAGGAAACCAAAGUAAAUGUUAUUGUUGUCUUCAUGAGACAGUUCCAUGUGCUCAAACUAUUUAAGAAGGCAAUUGAGAGGAACGUAAACAAAAUCUGGAUUGCAAGUGAUAAUUGGUCGACUGCAGUCAAAAUCAGUACCAUUCCCAAUAUCAGACAGCUGGGAACCAUUGUGGGAUUUGGAUUUAAAAGCGGAGACAUCUCCACAUUCCAAGACUUUCUGAAAAAUCUUCAUGAAAAGCCUACUGACAACAACAAGUUUUUACAUGAAUAUAUUAUGCUUUUGUCAGCCUGUGCACACCUGGAAUACCAUGAUUUUCAAGCAUGUAUUGCAAACCAGUCCCAGGAUGAUCUGUUGCAAAAUGUUGAAAAUAAGCAGCAGAUCUGGAGAGAUGAUUUUUUGAAUGCUAACAUUGAACCAGGAUUUAUCCAUAGUACUAUUCUUGCAGCCUAUGCCAUUGCUCAUGCCAUUAAAGGACAAUGCAAACACAGAAAAUGCAAGGAUCCCUCUGCCUUCGCUCCCUGGGAGCUCCUUGAAGAACUUGAAAAAGUUACAUUCAUUGAUGAUGAUAAAGAAAUCAAGUUUGAUUCCAAUGGAGAUUUGAGCACCAAUUACGAUGUACUUCUUUGGAAAGAAAUUGAUGGCCGCAUGGAAAUCACCACUAUGGCAGAAUAUGACCCAGAGAAAGGUCACUUUAUCUUUGAAGAUGAAGAGAAAAAAAAAGAAUUUCUGGAUUUACAGAAGGUUCAGUCAACGUGCUCCCAGCACUGCAGGCCAGGACAGAUGAAAAAGAUUACAGAAAGUCCACACACAUGCUGCUAUGAGUGUGUUUACUGCCCAGAAAACCAUUAUAGCAAUCAAACAGAUAUCGAUUACUGCUACCAAUGUAACAACAAAACCUACUGGGCUCCUGUCAACAGCACCACAUGCUACAGAAAGACAAUCCAUUUCCUCGCCUGGACUGACUGGUUUGCUAUUUUCCUCCUCCUCCUCUCUGCUUUUGGGGUUGUGUUGGUUUUGUCAAUUAGUGUAAUAUUUGCCAAAAACGUGAGCACACCAGUUGUAAAGGCGUCUGGAGGUCUAACCGUCUGCUAUAUUAUUCUCUUCAGCCACUUCUUAAUUUUUUUAAGCACUAUCUUCUUCAUAGAUGAACCCACAGAAUUCAAGUGUAAAACUAGGCAGGCACUCUUUGGCAUAAGUUUCACACUCUGCGUUUCAUGUAUUUUAAUAAAGUCACUAAAAAUUUUACUAGCUUUCAGCUUUGAUCCUAAGUUGCAGAAUUUCCUGAAAUGUGUAUAUAAACCUGUUCCCACUGUGGUCACCUGCACUGGAAUUCAAGUAAUCAUUUGUACCUUUUGGCUCAUAUUUAAGACACCUUUUGUAAAGCAAAAUUUCUCAAUCCCAAGAACAAUAAUUCUGGAGUGCAAUGAAGGUUCUAUUGUGGCUUUUGGGAUCAUGUUGAGCUACAUUGCUGCCUUAGCCUUUGUUUGCUUCAUAUUUGCCUUUAAAGGUAGGAAGUUACCAGAGAACUACAAUGAAGCUAAAUUCAUAACUUUUGGCAUGCUAAUUUACUUUAUAGCAUGGAUUGUAUUUAUCCCUGUCUAUGCAACUACAUUUGGCAAAUACCUGCCAGCAGUGGAAAUCAUCGUUGUUUUAAUAUCCAAUUAUGGAAUCCUCUGCUGCACUUUUCUUCCAAAGUGCUAUAUCAUCAUUUACAAGCAAGAAACAAAUACAAAAUCUGCCUUUCUCAAAAUGGUUUACACAUAUUCCUCCAAGAGCGCCAGCAGCGUUGCUGUUAGUCAGAUUUCUCUGGAUUCAAAGUCUUCCAGCUCCCGAGCUACUAUCUCAGACUUUUGUAAAUCUGAGGGAAACUCUGUGAAUGGAAACAGCCAUUUGCAAGUGCCUGGGCAGAGGCUAAUAAAAGGGAAAGUUCUUCCUAAAAAUACUGCAAGGACUAUGGCCAGGAGAAGACUCUCCAGCAUAUGACUGGCAGUGUUAAAAUACUAGAAGAAGAAAAGCCAUCUUUGGGAGCAGUUUUUCCUUCAAGUCUCUUUCCUUUUGGCAUCCCCAGAGAGAGCAGGUCACACGAAAUGCUUCUCCUCUGAUACUGAAGCAGUUAUCUGUUGCCAGAUGUGCAAGACUCUCUUUGCUCACAGAAUCCAGCUGCUGCUCCUGCAGGCACCAUGAGGCACAGUCCCCUUUAGCAGCUCCCUUCCUUCCCCGGCCCUCCCACACAGACCUGUGGAAACUUAUUCUGCAACUGUACUUCCCCAAGUGAAGCAGAAGCAUCAGGAAAUUAUUUCUCAUAGGCGGGAAGGUGGGAACAGAUGGGUUUACCCCACUUUGUGUGUGUGUGUGUGUGUAUUUGAUGUCCAGUUGUUUAAGGACCUCUUCUUCCCACUUGGCCCUGUUUUACAGAUCAAACAGAAUCCUCCCUCAACCUUUAUUUGCUAGGAUAAACAAGUCCCGUCCUUUAGUCUCCACUUUUAAGAUAGGCUUUCCAUUCUCCUGAACAUCCAAAAGUAACCCUUUUAACCUGGUAUCAGCGAAUCCUUUUUUUUUUUUCCUCUCCAAAAUUACACACUCUAUUCCAGACAAAUACUGCAGUAACUUUUAAAGUUCCUUGUAUUUAUCAGGAUGAUAAUGAACUAGAGACAGGUCUAUAUAAAAAUUGAAGAAUUUCUCUGGAGCUCUGUAGUUAUAAGUAUGGUUAUCUACACUGUUUCCUCAUACUCAGAGGAAAUACUCUGAUUCACCUCAUGUACCUCCUCUGAUGCAUGAAGAGAGAGGACACACUAUGCUUGUCUCCAGGUGUCCUCUUGGGGAUGUAACAUCGAUGUGCAACAUCAGAACUUAUAAACACUAAUUAAUUCCUAUCAUUACCAUAAAUAAUGUAACAACCAGGAUCAGCAUGAGCUUUUUUAGUAUAUACUUAAAAAAUCUGAUUUUCGAUGAGAAGAUGACAAUGCACCAUAAUGACACAUAGAAAGAGCACAAGAAUGAAUUGUUAUGAGCUGCACUACGUAAGUCUCUCCUCUGUAGCUCAGUGGCCAUAGCUAUGCCCUGCUUUCUGUACGGGAGGCGAAAGGCACGUUUAUAGAAGAAGGAAUUUUUCUGAUGAAUCAACAGCAUCAUGGGGCUAUUUCAAAGCUUAAAUAGCAGAGCUGUGUUGCCAGUCUAGGACUGUGAAGAUUCAUUUUCCAUGUUCUUAAAGUCCAUGUCCUGGACCACAGAAACUUCGUGAUUUUAACUUCUGUGCCAUGUUACUGUGCAACAAUAUAAAUUCCUUGAGUUUUGUCUAUGCUUCUGUUUAGAUCUGGAAUAACUGGAUGUUGUGGCAGGCCAAAAUAAAAUUUAGUAGAUUUGGUGUUACACAGACAUAUUGUAUUAUUGUUAGAAUAUGUACAACACAUCAUUUUUUCUAUUAUUUCUAUUUAUAUGUUAUAACCCAUAUCUCUAUGAUUUUUUUCUACUCAUAUUUUGUUGAAACCAGCUAUAAAUUGCAUUUUAACAGUGGACACAGGCAACGAAAUUACUGUGACAUGCAGAUUAUAUAUGUAAUACUUAUCUGUGAAAACACUCGUAAAGUCAUUUGAAUGUAAAGCAUGCAAUUUACAUACAUAUUUGAGCAAUUAGCUAACAUCUGUAGCUGACUGGAAGAAUGAAAGUUGAUACACAUGUAUUUAUAUGAUGAAUUCUAUUCAUACAUCAGCUGUUACGAAUAAUAUUCUGAACAUGAAAUUAUGUACAACAAAGUUAAAAUUCCUGCAGUUUGGUUGCCAAUGCAACAAAAAGUCUCUCCCCAAAAGAGAGAAGCAAAACUUAGAUUGCACAAUGACUGUCAGCACUAAGCUGGUUAGAAAAGUUAAUUUGGCUCAAAUGUUGUACCUGUAUUUAUUGCUUUUGAAAGUGUUCAGUAUGUCAUGUCUUGAAGAUAAGAGGAAAGGGGAUGAUUAAAACCAUGCAGUUGUUUAAAACUGAUUUUGCUUAUUCAGUUUCCUUACUUUUCCCCAUGAGCUUUGGUUUGUCCUUGAACAGCAGCAAUAUGUGCACCAAUUCAGUGUUUCCACACAGUAAAUCUCAAUCUGCUUCUUACAAAUGUCCUUUAGGUUGAAAGCCAAAUAUGGUAGAGCGAUCCUCCCUACAGGACAGCAAGUAAAGUGUCUUGGGGAACAGGGAGUGGGGACAGCAAUAUGAACGUCUCCACAGAGGUACCUUUAAGUGAAGACACCGCAUAUGGCAGAGUUUCAGAGUCCUGCACGCUAUAAUAUAUCUGCCUCUCCAGCUACUCAGGUCUUCUGGAUAAAACACAGUCAAUG